AUGAAGAUUGUAAAGAUGUCGGCCGUACCGAAGACCGAAGGUACGGCUCCCCUGUUCACUGGACCUGUGGGCCGCCAGGCGAUUCUGGACCCCGACGACAGCAAUAACUUUAACUUCGGUAUCGUCCAUUUUGGGGCCGGCGUGCGGAACAAGUUCCACAAGCACAGCGGCGACCAGAUUCUUAUCGUGACCGAGGGCACGGGUACCGUUGCUACCAGGGAUGAGUCGGUAGUUGUCAGCGAGGGCGAUGUUGCCAUCAUUCCCGCCGGGGAAGACCACUGGCACGGCGCUCCGGACGCCACGGCAAUGUCUCAUAUCACCAUCACGGUGAAGGGCAGCCAGACGGAGCAGACUGAAACCUAA